CAGUCCUGUGUGCCUCUGGGCUGAGUCUCCCUCUGAGGGAGUCAGACACACUGACAGAGAAAGUGAGCGAGGGAGGAGAGAGGGAGAAAGUAAGGGAACAGGAAGAGACGAGGCAGAAAGACAGGAAAACCCAUCAGGAGAAAAGAAGGACAGGCAAGAACUUAGAAGACGAGAAGGGAGAAGAACAGAGUAAAAGACAGACUGAUCUAAGUGUCAGUCUCUCUUCCUUCACUCUGACUCAGUCAUGGCUGUGAACAACACAAAUCUCUUCCUGGAAAUACUUGAGUCCUUCGAUGCUGUCCCUCUAAUCAUAGCUUUCUGUGUGUCCAUGGCGGUGGGGCUGCUCCUGGGCGCCCUGGUUUACGUGCUACUGACUUGGAUGUCCCGACGCAAGGCAGGCUCGGCCAGCAUCACCCGUCACUCGCCUCGCCACUCGCACACCUCUUCUCGCAACCGUCCGGGCUUUCACCGCAACAGCAGCUACGACCGCCGAAGCAAUAACAGUUUAGUCAGCGCUGCAUUCAGCUUCCACCACCAGACAUCCUCCCCAGAAAACUUUGACCCACUGGGGCACAAAUCCAGCUUCAGGGCCUCCACUUUCCACCCGCUCCUCCAGUGCAGCCAAAUCGCAAGGGAGGCAGAGGAGGGCAGCCAAAUCACACUGCCUCGCACACCGACUCUGACCAUGUCCACUGGAUCAGCACAAAGCUCAGCGCAGCCAGCCUCCACUCCAUCAAGACCCGAGUCAUUUUGGGGCAACAAUGGUCUGAGGGGUUUCCCAGCUACACAAACACCACCUCCAGCUUAUGAGAGCAUCAUUAGGGCUUAUCAGGAAACAUGCACCUGAGAGGAGUGAGAGCGCCAGGCAGAUACUAACUGAUGAGUUGCAAAUGGAUUUACAGAUAAAACUGGACUAAAUCAAUCUUGAUUUAUACCAUGAGGUGGAGCUGGGUGGAGCAAACAAAGAGGUCAAAGCCAACUAUGCGUCCUGCUCAGCAUAAUAACACUCUGAAACAACAGAAUGUUUGUACGUUUUGGUGUAUAUGUACAGAUACGGAAAUGUUCAAACAUGUACCGUUGGCUGGGCGUCUAUGCAAGGUUGCUUUGUCUCUGCAGGUGAUAUAAUAACUAUGCAAAGACCAGAGAUAAUUAUUGUAUAUUUGGAGUCUAAAAAAAGAAAAGUGCGUGUUAACCUGUCGUUAAUAAAGGGCAGAUGUGUGAAUUUAAUAUCUGUGCAAAUUAAUGUAACAGACUGACCUGAUGCUUCACACGUGUUUGUACAGAGUUACAGUAUACGAUAUAAUAACUACGUUUGUAUGUGUGUGUUGACAUGAACGGUGUGUGUCAGUGUGAGAAAGGCACAAAAAGGAGGGCAUUAGUUGUAAGGCGUGUUUCUAUGUAUGUAUGGUCUGAAUGUAAGUCUGCUCCUAAGUUAAUGCAAUAAAAGCAAGAAUCAAACGGUUUCA